CUUUACGCCAUGCACGGGCAUGACAACGGAAGACACCUGUGACCGCUGCGAGGUGUGUGUAAACGUGGAAGGGAUAACAUGGCUACCGCCUGGUGACGUUCUGUUCGCCGUGGUGAUAUCAGAUGCUCGGAAAAACAUCUGGCGACUAUCUGGCGACGUGCUGUCAAUAGCGUUUCGUCGAAAGGGUAUCGUGCGGAUAGAUAAAAACUGUCCUUGUAGGCCUGUGCUGUGAAUGAACGCGAUGAUGAACAUGUGGAAAGUGCGGGAGCUGAUGGACAAGGCGACUAAUGUCGUCAUGAAUUACACGGAAACAGAGGCCAAAGUUAGGGAGGCAACUAAUGACGACGCAUGGGGUCCCACAGGCGCAAUGAUGCAAGAACUUGCUCAGGCUACAUUCACAUACGAACAGUUUCCAGAAGUAAUGUCCAUGCUCUGGAAAAGAAUGUUGCAAGAAAAUAAACGAAACUGGCGACGAACGUACAAGUCGUUACUUCUUCUUAAUUACUUAGUCCGCAAUGGCUCGGAACGAGUCGUCACGUCGUCACGCGAACAUAUUUAUGAUCUCAGAUCUUUAGAAAAUUACACGUGCAUCGACGAAUUUGGGAAGGAUCAAGGAAUAAAUAUUAGACAUAAAGUUAGGGAAUUAAUUGACUUUAUUCAAGACGAUGAUAAACUUAGGGAGGAAAGGAAAAAGGCCAAGAAAAAUAAAGACAAAUACGUUGGUUUAUCGAGCGAAGCGAUGGGAAUGAGAUUUGGGGGUGGCGAUAGAUGGAUGGACAAUCCCAAGUGGAACAAAUCCGGCGCAGAGACGUAUAAUGACUGGGACAAUCAUGGAAACAAUCGUGGAAAAGGAUUCGAGGAUGCGAACAACAGCGACGAUGGCGAAAGAGAAGACUCGGACAAUGAUACUAGCCCAAAGAAAAGUGGAAGAGAAUACAGAGACACGUUGGACAAUACAAACCAAAUCGGUAAAUCUGCUCAAAUAUCUGCACCUUCUGCAAACGCAUCCCCCGCACGGACAGCGAGAAAUAUUAAGAAAGUAGAUCUCGGAGCAGCGGCGAAUUAUGGAAAGGAGCAAUCUAAUAAUAGUGCACCAGUACAACAAAGUAAUAAUUUAUCAUCGCCGACAAAUCAGCAGAAGACGAAAAAUGACAUAUUAAACGAUAUUUUUGAAUCACAGAGUGAUAAUAACAGAUUGGACGACGAUGAUUUCAAUCCACGAGCGAGCACUCAAUCUUUCGUUCAGCCGCAAAAUGCGAAUUUAGAAUUCGGCGAUUUUGCUAGCGCGUUUAAUAAUUCCGCGACGGUCAAGACAAAGGAAAGCAACGACGAAUUUGCCGACUUUACAUCUGCCUUUAAUAAUGUAACGAUAUCUAAUCCUCCAAGCCAGCCUCAAUUGCCACAAUCGCCACAAUCGCAAAUCAAUUUGAUGGGUGUAACAAUACCAAUUGUAAAUAAUCCAAAUAAUGUGAACGUCAGUAAUGCAAUGUACGCCAAUACAAUGCAAACAGGCACGACAGCGUUCACCGGAAGCGCCGUUAUCGAAAAUCCGAAAACGUCUAACGAUCUAUUUGAUUUAUCACCGCAGGAUCUUAAUAAUCAAAUAACGAAUAACAAUACAGUGACUUCAAAUACAGAUCUCUUGUCGGACUUGGAUAGUUUAAAUGCCCCCGCUAUGAGGUUACCUGACGGGCGAGUAAGCGGUUCUAACAAUUCAAACAUUUUUAUGGGUAUGAAUAACACACCUUCCAACGCCGUUAAUUACACAGCUCAUAAAAACGAAGAGAACGUUGCGACGGCCGAGAAUCUUUCGAAUAAUGCCGCCAAUCAAUUGUUGGAAGUGUUAUGCACCAUGUGCCGUAUUAAAAGUCGCACCGAUCUGGAAAGAAUAAGAUCAUCCGUUUCGAACUACAUCAGAUUUUUACCAGGGCCUCUCACUCCUCAAAAAUAUAACGGUCUUGAUUCCGAUACGAAAGUGGAUGCCAUAUUGUACGGAAGAAUUUUGGAGGAAAUUAUCGACAAGUUUGAUCACGAUUGGCCGUUAAGCAAUGAUGGCUUGGAUUCCACGAUCAAGAAGUUGAUAAUUGUCGACGGUGCAACAGUCUUCAUGUUAUCGGAGUCUUUGCGGGCUCUGACCACCGCUUUAAACGAAUCGAAAAAUCAGAGCAAAAUUCGCGUUAUCUCAGUAAUAUUGGAAGAUCUGUUGAAGAGCGAUGCAAUAUUUUCGGCAGUAGUGGAUGUAUGCAGACACGAAACGCAAUCCUGCAUGCAGCAGGAGGAACUAGAUCAAACUUGGCGAAGUACAAUACAAAUAUUGAUCUCCCUGCCCAAUCGCGUGUCUAAUAAACUACAGUUUGACACGUCGAAAUUCUACACGCCACAAAUUUACAUGAAGAUGCUCUGUUUCCAUAUAUCUUGCGCGAUAUCGUUCGUCAACGAUGGAUUAUGCAAAUACGACAUUAAGCCAAGAAUAGUCGGACUUUCAUCUUUAAUCAGCAAGAUUAUAAUUAGUCUAAAGCCAAGUAAUUUUACGUGCUUCGUCGACAUCUUCGAGGAGUGGUGUUUUGAAAAUAAGAAAAAUGAGCGGCGCUUCGUCGAAAGUAUAUUUCGCGAAUUAGAUUCAGCCGCCAUUGAAUACGUAGCCAUAUUAUUUUUGAAGCAUUGCGAUCCUAAGCUCGGCACGCGUCCCGUUUUCGGAAAUUUAUUGACGGAAUCAAAUUGGAAGUACAUUUUAACGACCAAAAUUCCUCUAAUGCGUUAUUACGAGGACGAGAAGCUAGUUGUAAACUUAAUUUUCUACUUGGCGUCUUUUUUGAACGAAAAUUGUAUCUUAUCGGAAUUGUUAAUUAAACUCUUAGAGGUUUGGAGCGACGGGAGUAUUUUGAAUCACACAUCUAUGGAGCAGCAGAAGUAUAUUACGCAGUUAAUUAUUUUAUCUGUAAAAGUGUGUAAAGAUCGUCUAAAGGAUGACGAAAGAAAGCAGUGCGAAAAGCUAUUGCUGUCUGGAGUAUCUGUUCAUCUUGAGUGCACAGAUACAAAUAUAAGAGCGAUGGGCAUGUUGACCGGCGAGAUUUGUAUAAACUUAUUGUCUAACAUAGAUGAUGAAUCGAAAUUGAAGUUCGAAUAUGACAAGAUGCCUGUAAAAGUGUCAGAAUUACUCGAGUCUCUGAAGAAUUUAAAUGCGUUCGCAUCGACCGUAGAUCUGCAAGAACAAUACGAGCGAAGCGGCGAUUUGAUUACUGAAAGUAUUAUUUUCGAUUCUCUGAGUAGCAGGAAAAUCUAUGAAUUAGGCAUCGACUGCGGUAUUUUAUCCAGAUUCGAGAGUCCGUCGAAUGGAAAAGUUGAAAAUAACACGCAGUUGGCGACAAAUGGCGCGAUAAAGGAUCAUCUAGUGACGAAAAACGAGUCGAAGCAACAGGUGGAACAAAAUAGCGAUGAUUCGGAUGACGUGGACAGCGACGAUGAUUUAGUUCCUUACGAUAUGAGUGACAACAAACCAUUUAGCAAGGUGCGCCCGACAUAUUUGCGUGAUGUGCUCAACAAUUUAACGGAUGACAAGACCAUUUCCAAUCCCGACAUUUUCUCUGAAUCCCUGCUGGCAUGCGAAGAAUUAAUACUAACGCAGCUGCCGAACGACGAUGCAUCCUUCGCAAUAGAACUCCUGUCACUUCUCGCCACGCUGAGGCAACAGUCUUACGUCGAGGACUUUGAACUCGUGAUUUUCAAAUGUUGCGUGGCGAUUGUGACUGUGCGUCCGAAGGAAUGCGCCGAAUUCCUGUGUAAAGAGUUUUACGAGGACGUCGGGAAGUACUCGCUGAACCAGCGCUUGCUGUUUCUGAAUAUACUGGCCGAAUCUGCGAAACAGCUGUCAAAAAUCGACGUCGGCAGCGCGGACAGCGCCGACGACGCCAUCGAUGCAGCGAUUAAGGAGAAACGAAUUCCGAGCCGUAUAUCGCUUUUCAUCGACGCGGAGGAACGUAAAAAGCAACAAGUGUGGUACGAUGAGGACGUCGAUCUGGAAAUGACGGAGAGUGGAUCUGCAAACUGGCGAGAAGUCGUCGACAAAAGAAUCGAGUCGCGCACGAGACGAUUCGCGCAUAAUUCCAAGUCUCCCAAGAUAUAUGUCAAUCACUUCGGCAAUGUCGUAUCGUCAUUUUUCUAUCCGCUUUUGUACGGCUUCGGCCGUCACGAUAAGCUGAAAGAUUUAAAGGUUUAUGCGGAUCAAGAAAAUAUCCUACUGCUACGUUUCUUGAAAACGUUAUCUGCCAUAAUGUUGGCGGCGCAGAACUGUCCAUUGGCAUUGAAGAUGGGCAAGGAGAUAUUGGAGCUCACGUGGACGUUGCGGAUUCACGAUGAAGCGACAGUGAGAUUAGCUGUUACGGAAAAUAUCGGAUCCGUGCUCGUCGCGGUGCCGAAAGACGCUGUCGUCGACGAACUGUCUGAGCUACUGCUGGAAAUAAGAGAGUGGCUUCUGUUGUCGCAAAAUGUCAUUUACGGCGAACACGAUGCAAAUUGUAGAGCUCUGAAUGCAAAAGUGCUGUCCUUUAUCGAUACAAUUAUCGGCUCGACGUUAACUAAAGUAUAAAUUAGUCAGGCAUGUAUAACAAUGAACUUGUUAUCUCAUAUUACUUAUAAGAAAAAUUUUCUGCAGUAUUAUGUUCGUAUGUACAUUAUGUAUGAAUACAUUUACGUAGGACGUUUUGUUUUAGAAUUAAUUUUCUUGCUUACAAAAAUUAUGCAAAUAUUGCGUUGUAAUCGAUGAUACUCUAAACGAGAGUGCACACGUAUGUCGUUAAUGAAAGCUUUUGAUUUCACUGGCUAAAAUGUUCAACAUGUAUUUGUAUGAAUCUGUGUAAUAUAAAACAAACUUAUGUAUAAUCCAAUUAAUACAAUAAUUACAUCAUAA